GGCCUAGAAAGAACUUGAUCAGUUAAAUCACGCUCUCUCACUGAGGAGCGGAAAGAAGAAGAAGAUGGAAGAAUCCGAGUCAAAAACCCAGUUCCGACUCGGCCAGCGAGUCCACUCGGUUAGUGAUCCACACCGAAUUGGAACGGUGAGGUACGUGGGACCCGUCCAAGGCCAUUCGGGCACAUGGGUCGGAGUCGAUUGGGACAAUGGAGAUGGCAAGCAUGAUGGCUCCGUCAAUGGCGUCCGAUACUUCCAAGCAAAGUCCGAACGAUCCGGCUCUUUCUUGCGGGCCCAGAAUCUAAGUCCGGGAAUAUCGUUGCUCGAAGCUCUCAAGCUCAGAUACCGAGGUGACACUACUAAGGAAGAAGAGGAUGAAAUGUAUGUUCUUUCGGCGAGUAACAAACGUGUAUCCGUUCAGCUUUUGGGUAAAGAUAAAAUUCAAGACAAGCUAAGUAGAUUCGAGGAGUUGACUGGUGCAUCAUUAUCUUACUUGGGUGUUGGCUCUCUUGGAGGACCAUGUGAUAUUGGCACUGUCUUGCCAAACCUAAAGGAGCUUGAUUUGACUGGAAACUUGCUUUCAGACUGGAAAGAUGUUGGCACAAUCUGUACAGACCUACCAGCUCUUUCAGCUCUAAAUUUAUCUUACAAUUUAAUGUCAAAGGAUAUUGUCGGGCUACCACAGCUAAAAAACAUCCGCAUCCUAGUUUUGAACAAUACUGGGUUAAAAUGGAAAGAGGUUGAAAUACUUAAGGAUGUAUUGCCAGCAAUUGAAGAACUACAUCUUAUGGGAAAUAACAUACGCACUAUAGAGCCUGCAUCAUCCUUUACAGUUCAGGGAUUUGAUUCUCUGCGGCUACUUAAUUUGGAAGAUAAUUGUAUAGCUGAUUGGAAAGAAAUCUUGAAACUUUCUCUGCUAAGAAGCUUGGAGCAGCUUCAUUUAAACAGGAACAAGUUGAGUUGCAUCUGUUAUCCUGGUAAUGAAAUGAUGAAUCAGCUGCCAAGAGAUUAUGAAUUAGAUGAGAAAAGCUUUGAGCCUUUUCAAAAUUUGCGCUGCCUUCUUCUCGGAAGCAACAACAUUGAGGAUCUGUCUUCUAUAGACUCCCUAAACUUGUUCCCGAAAUUGGUGGAUGUAAGGCUUUCUGAUAAUCCAAUUGCCGAUCCUGGAAGAGGUGGUAUUCCAAGAUUUGCUUUGAUUGCACGCUUAGCAAAAGUUGAAGUAUUAAAUGGAAGUGAGGUUAGUCUUCGUGAAAGAAAAGACUCAGAAAUUCGGUAUGUCCGUUUAGUUAUGUCUAAGCUGCAAGGCAAUGCUGACGAUAUUCAUCGGCUCCACCCCAGGUUUUCUGAGCUUAAGGAUUUUCAUGGAAUUGACUAUGAAAAGCCAUCAGUUGGGGUAGCAGGCCCUCAGAAAAUGGCUUCAGGACUUCUGUCUAUCACUUUGAAAUGUGUUGGAGCAUCUAUUGGUGAGAAGCCCCAAUUAGCAAAGAAGCUACCGGGCACGACAACGGUUGGCAAACUUAAAAGUCUUUGUGAAACUUUUUUCAAGUUGAAGUCUAUCAAGCUGAAAUUGUUUCUUCAAGAAGAGGGUUCUCCUUUGCCAGUAUUACUUGAUGAUGAAAUGGCAUCAUUGGUGGACCUCGGUAUUGGUAACGGAUCAACCAUACUUGUGGAUGAAGAGAGUUAAUAAGAUUAUAUCCUAAAAAAUUUUCAGUAAGCGAGGAGAAGUUAUGGUGUGAAAUUUUGGUGCAACUAAUGAAACCUUGUUAGGCUCUUGCUUGGAUUGGUGGAGAAGGAAUGAGAAUGUGAAAGGAAUAUCCCUUUAUGCAUUUGUUGGAAAUUAUUAUUUUUCCUUUCUUGAUGGCAACUAUUUGGAUGCAUUUCUAUGUUCUAUUAUAAGACUAUAAAAGUGAGUCGUCAUUUUCUACAGUGUAGCUUCUUCUUUAUAUAUAUAUAUAUUGCUUCCAAAUUUUUUUA